UUUAGGUUUUUUUUUAGACUUUUUCGCUAUGCCAAUAGAUUGCCGCAAGUCUACUUCUGGGGGAAAGGGUAAUGUGGGUAUGUACAUUGAAAGAGAUCGUAAUAUUUGUGCUGCUGGAAUACCAACAGCUCAACCAAAUGACUUCGUCGCAGACUGUUUACAACACUAUUUAUUGAAAGAUGAGGCUGACGCUCUUAUUAGCGAUGCUAUUAUUCCCCCUAAGAAACCAAGACCAGCACCGCCAUUACGAUAUCCAAUACCACUCGAUAAACGUUUUGCUGGACCAUUUGGACAAGUUGCAGAUCUAAUAAAUCCACCAAUAAAAACAAAAUUUCAAACUUUAGUAGAUGAUUUUAAAGAUACUCCAUAUUCUUCUUAUUGGAAAAAACCUCUUGGAAAAGUCAGCGAUCCAGUGCCAAUGUUACCAGAAGGAUUUGAUACAUUAAAUACAACGUUUGGUAAGAAAACUGAAUUUCACGGCCGUUUGUAUGAUGUUAUAAUGCCUAAGGAGCCUAUACAUAGUGAUAAUAUGCACAAAUCAAAGGAAUGUGGUGUUCAAUCGACCCGUAAUUAUUGUGUUCCUGCCUAUAACCCAGACUUGACAUUUGGUCAUAGAACCUUUGUCGAUAAACGUGGUACAUACGCAAGGUGUUGCGUUACUGAUGACAGAAUCUUACUCGGAAAUAGCGGGAAAACGAUUGUAAAUACAUUACAAUCUAAUUUUCAAGAUAUGACUCAACCGAGAAUCGGCACAGUGUUAGCUCCUAAUAAUAAUAUUAGCAAUUUGCCAAAUGGUCAUACGUUUGGAAAAUUAAAAGCUCCUGACAACCUUAUAGAGUGCUUGACGUUUUGCAAAAUAAGUCCGGAUGUACAUUUCUACCGAAAAUGCUUAGGUCAUCUUAAUUCUCUCCGAAAAUACUUAUCCAAACGCUUCCUUCCUACAUUUUUUCGGGGAUUUUAUUUAAAUCUAAAAUACUUUGAUACUUUAAAAUGUGAUUGGCUUGAUAAGGAGGUUGUAUAUAAUGCAUGCGCUUUCAGAUUAAUUAGGUUUGAUACGUCUUUAAUCGAACCUUUGCUUUUUGUGUGGAAAGCAUUUGACGGCUCUAAGAUAAAAUAUAAGACAUUUGUUCAUGUGAUUAAUUAUAAACAACCUUUACCUGACAUUCCGAAAAUGUCAGACAUACCAUUAGAAUGUCUCGAUUUUAACACUACGUAUACUGAUAUGGUUAAACCUGGACAAGAGAAGGAUGAUAAAUUAAUGGCGGGUAUACCAUCAGGUCGUUAUUUCGAUUUGGAUUAUCCGAUAACACCAGAAAAUUGCUGUAGAGCUGAUCGAACAUGUUUGCCUCAUGAAUCAGAUAUGAAAGCUUGUCUAAAUCCUAGUAUUUUAACUUUAUUCCAUGUUAAUCAUAGAGAUAUGUAUGCGAAACGUGAGCCAAAUGAUAUUAGAAAAGUUUUCGAAGCUGCUGGUGAAUCUUUACCAGAAGAAAAGUUCAAUGCUGUUUGGGAAGACGCUAAAACUUACCACUCGCAGGGAUGGGUUUGCUAUGAAACGUUUCGACGAGCAUUGGAAAACUAUUCCAUAAGUAAUAAUAACACGAAUAAAAACAAACAAGAUUGAGUAUGAAUAAGAAAAUUAUAUUUAUUGAAAUAUUUAUUGGAAGUUAAAUAUUUUAGAAAAUAAAUGUUUUUGUAUAAAAUUA